GGGUGAUCACGUGACUUUUGACAGUCGGGCAACAUGGCGAACACCGGCGGAAUGACCGUGGACGGAGGAGACAUGCGAUACUCUGAAUACAGUCCAAAAACUAACGCAAGGAGCGAUGCAGAGAUAGACAGACGGCUGGGAGGGACUCUGAUUGCGGUCGGUCUCGGUGUUGCUGCUGCAGGUUUUGCAGGUCGCUAUGCAUUCCAGCUGUGGAAGCCCCUCGGUCAAGUCUUCUCCGAGACGGUCAAGAAAAUGCCAACAUCAGCUUUCUCCACAUAUUAUAAAGGAGGAUUUGAGCAGAAGAUGUGCAGGCGAGAGGCCAGCCUUGUUCUCGGCAUCAGCCCAACCAGCGCUAAGGCCAAAGUACGCGAGGCCCAUCGGAGGAUCAUGGUCCUGAACCACCCAGAUAAAGGUGGGUCGCCGUACCUCGCAGCUAAGAUCAAUGAGGCUAAAGAUCUUUUGGACAAGGAGUCCCGACGAUGACCUGCUCGGUUAACCAACACUUAAAGACUUCAGUCGUCUCGUGCAUGAAGCUCUGUAGUAUUUCUUCAGUGUCAUCAACAUCACAUCAGGACAUCCACUCUGGCUCCUGGAGGGGAAAAAAAAAAAGUCAUGACAGGUCAUUUCUUAACAUGGCUCCUUUACUUUGACCAUUUUGAAAAUGUGUGUGAACCAACAGUGCAGAAUAUUGCUUUGAAAUAACCUCUUUUAAAAAAAUUGGUUCUAGUGAUAUUUAGGGUAGCUGCUCUACAUUCAGUUUGAUUAAAAUAAAGGCGCAUUACCGGCGGUAAACAUAGACUGCCGUACAGAAUUGGAUGUAGCCUUUGGGUCUGAAUAAUGUAGCCAAAGAAGAAACGCCUCAAACCUGCAUUCUUUCUAAUGACCAGCAGAGGGCACUUCUACAUAAAUUAAGAAAAGACAAAACUGUUCGGAGCAUUGUCGAAAUGUGUUAUCCGAGUGACCAUUUCCCUGACAAGUUAAAGGUCUCAAAUCUUAUUCAGCACAGUAUGAAGUUUUUGUAAAUCAUGGACACUGACAGAGUCUGGCCCUGAAUCAGACUGUUCAGUUAAUGCACAGUAUAGUCCAGGGCCAGACUGCUUUGUGAAUGAUCUUUCAAACAGAAUGGUCGUGUAAAAAUGUGUAUCCAACUUCCAGUCCAAAUGACCAAAGGCUACAAGAUUGUAGCUCACAAACAGACUGUUCAUGUUUGCCAGCUCUGCUUCGUUCAGAAAGCCUGUGUGUGUUUAAAAAUGAUAUUUUUUAGUUUAAAAUUCUGAUUGAAGGUAUUAGGGAACAAUAUAUAUUUAAGGAACAGUAGAAUAACAUUUGUACUGUUUCAGUGUUGAAGUUGUGGAACUUUUUUUAAAUA